ACUCUCCAUUUUGCAUCUUUUCCAUUCUAUUCUCUCCCCCAUUUUCAUCAUCGCUCUCUCUCUCUCUCUCUCUCUGUAGCUUUGCUUGCUCACACUCGUAGCCAUUUCAGUCUGAGCUGCUUCGGAGCUCAGCUUAACCGAAUCUCAAACAAUGAGCUCCCAGAUUUUCAGAUCCGCCUCCAGAAACGCCAGGUCCUUCCUCUCCGCCGCCGCCAAGAACUCCCGCUUUUACUCCGAAGGAAGAGCUGUAGCCUCAGCUACAGCAGUUACAUUCAGCGGCAGGUCAUCACUUUUAUUAUCAAACUUUGCCAAAGCCGGUUCUGAAAAUGCAUCAAGGGGAUGGAUUUCAGGAGCCCUUGCACUGCCUGCUGCAGUUUACAUGCUUCAGGAGCAGGAGGUACAUGCUGCUGAGAUGGAACGCACUUUCAUUGCUAUCAAACCUGAUGGAGUGCAGAGGGGUCUGAUCUCAGAGAUCAUUUCUCGCUUUGAAAGAAAAGGAUUUAAGCUUGUCGCGAUUAAGAUUGUUCUUCCCUCAAAGGAAUUUGCCCAGAAGCACUAUCAUGAUCUCAAGGAAAGACCAUUCUUCAAUGGACUGUGCGACUUCCUCAGCUCCGGCCCAGUUGUUGCCAUGGUCUGGGAAGGAGAGGGAGUCAUAAAAUAUGGUAGGAAACUUAUUGGAGCCACUGAUCCUCAGAAAUCAGAACCUGGAACAAUCAGAGGUGAUCUAGCAGUUGUUGUUGGAAGGAAUAUUAUCCACGGGAGUGAUGGCCCAGAGACUGCAAAGGAUGAAAUCAACUUGUGGUUCAAACCCGAAGAAUUGGUCGCCUACAUCAGCAACGCCGAGAAGUGGAUCUAUGGAAAUAACUGAUUAUACUUCGGCAUUAUCUUUAGAUCCCACAUGAAAACUCUAGAGUGGGGUUAGAGUCGUCAUAAAAAUUGUUACAAUAAACUUUCAUUUUAUCCUGAAGUGAGCUUUUAGAACUGCUCCUUGAGGUUGAGGGACAACUCGGCAGGAACACAAGCACUGGCAAUAAUGUGUACUCACCUCUUCUCCAACAUUAUUCAAAAUAAAACAGUUUUUGCAAAUUGCAACUUA